GAUACGAAAAUAAAGUGGAGAAUGGGAAACAGAAACUCCACGCAGCCAUGUAAACCACAUAACGACCAAAAAGGAAACGUUUUUACUUUGCGUAGCACAGGUUAUCGCAAUGGAAAAACGAAGAAAUCGCAAAACGUGAAUGAUGUUAAACGAAAUACACAGAACUUAACGAAGGAUUUUAUUGGACGUCGUUCCACAAAUCCUUUUAUUAUUUUUUUCUUGCGACUGCGUAGCAAGAAACCCGAUGAGCACGUAACGGUAAUAGCACGAGCAGCGGGAAAAUUAUGGACGCGUAUGUCUCCUGAUCAAAGAAAAAAGUAUAUUGAUUUAGCAAAUGCCGAAAAAAAACGACGGGAAGAUAGAAAACGAAAACGUAGAUGCUCGACCAAAUUAAAACAAUAAUAUAUAUUGCAGAGAUGAGUUUGCCAAAAAAAUGAAAACAGAAAAGUUUUAUAAUCGGAUGAUAAAUAAUAAAAAAAAAGCGAAUGUGUAUUGAUACAGAAGGAAGCAUACACUUUGAUCGUGGUAUUCAUUGAAUACGCACAUACACAUAUAUAUUUAUACAC